AUGAGAUGCAUUCAAUUUCAGGUGCAAGUGGGUACAAGAACGUUUGAUGCGAACGAAAUUCAAAAAUUAAUUCCACAAUUAGAAGAGACCAUCGAAAAAAAGGACCGUCAGAUACGGCAACAACAAUCCACCGUUGAAUCACAACUCAAAAGGAUAACUGAAUUGGAACGAGAGGUGAAAACACUACAGGUUCGUUUAACCUCGUUACCAGUUCAUAGCGAAUGCGAUAAACUACGUUCUGUGCUCGAUCAGAAGGCACAAUCAGCUGCAUCGCCACAUGCUGUACAAAAGGUAGCUGCUGCACCUGUUCAUGAACUCUUCCCCUCAUCAUAUAUUGAACAGACAUCAAAAUCGUCCGAUGAACUACGCGGCGAGUUGCAGCAUAAUGCUGCAAUGGCGAACACAGACGAUGUGGUUCGUUCGAAGAAAUUAGCCGUAUCUGCCGAGCCAGCCAAAUUAGAUCAACACAAAGCCAAAUUACAACAUCAUCCGAAACAAGCCGGUUCGAAGCAGUUGAUUCGAGAUGCAGUUCAAAAGAACGAUUUCUUACGGCAGUUAGCGAAAGAACAAGUGAUCGAACUGGUCGAAUGCAUGUAUGAAAUGCGUGCUCGUGCUGGACAAUGGAUCAUCCAGGAGGGAGAACCUGGAGAUCGACUGUUUGUCGUCGGAGAGGGUCAGUUGCAAGUUUCAAGGGAAGGCAAUGCUUUGGGUACGAUUGGGCCCGCUGUAGUAAUGGGUGAACUUGCCAUACUUUACAAUUGUGUCAGGACAGCAUCAAUUCAAGCCUUAACAGACGUCCAACUAUGGGUAUUGGAUCGCUCAGUCUUCCAAAUGAUAACGAUGCGACUGGGUAUGGAAAGGCACGCCCAGCUUAUGGCCUUCCUCGACAACGUUUCAAUAUUCGAGAAUCUUUCCGAGGAUCGCAUCUCGAAGAUAGCCGAUUGUUUGGAUCAAGACUACUACACUGGCGGUAAUUACAUUAUUCGAGAAGGCGAGAAGGGUGAUACGUUCUUCAUUUUGAACAGUGGUCAAGUACGUGUAACACAGCAAAUCGAAGGUGAACCAGAACCGCGUGAGAUACGCAUUCUCAAACAAGGCGAUUUCUUCGGUGAGAAGGCUUUGCUCGGCGAAGAGGUUCGAACGGCGAACGUGAUCGCAAUGAAUCCAGGUGUUGAAGUUUUGACAUUGGAUCGGGAAUCGUUCACGAAACUUAUCGGUGACUUGGAUGCGCUCAAACGGGAUUACGGCGACUCGCAACGACGUGCUAUUGUAGUUGCACAAGAACCGCCGUCACCAUCAAAGGCGGCCAUCGAGAAAGAAUUCUCGGGUGUUCAUUUGAAGCAACUCAAACGACUCGCCACUUUGGGUGUUGGAGGUUUUGGACGAGUUGAAAUGGUGUGCAUAAACGGUGAUAAGUCACGUACGUUCGCGUUGAAGGCGUUGAAGAAGAAACACAUCGUUGAUACAAGGCAGCAAGAGCAUAUCUUCGCCGAGAGAAAUAUCAUGAUGGAAACACGAUCCGAUUGGAUUGUUAAGUGCGUCGUCGUUCCUUCCUCAUUUCUACACGUGGAUUUCGGUUUCGCGAAGAAACUGGCAAGUGGUCGUAAAACGUGGACGUUCUGUGGUACACCAGAGUACGUUUCACCGGAAAUCAUCCUCAAUAAAGGUCACGAUCAAGCGGCCGAUUACUGGGCGCUCGGCAUCUACAUAUGCGAAUUGAUGCUCGGUAGACCGCCGUUCCAGGCAUCCGAUCCGAUGAAAACCUACACACUCAUUCUGAAAGGUGUUGAUGCAUUGGAAAUUCCGAAUCGAAGAAUCGGCAAGACUGCAACUGCUUUAGUUAAGAAAUUAUGUAAAGAUAAUCCUGGUGAACGACUCGGUUCGGGAAGCGGUGGAGUUGGCGAUAUACGCAAACACCGGUGGUUCAUGGGUUUCGAUUGGGAAGGCUUGAGGUCACAGACACUGAAAGCGCCAAUACUGCCGAAAGUGUCGAAUCCUGCUGACGUUAGCAAUUUCGACAAUUAUCCGCCUGAUCAGGACAUUCCACCAGAUGAGUUCUCGGGAUGGGAUGAGGGAUUCUGA